UCCCUCUCGACGUGACGCUUCAAGAAACACAUCGCAGCCCCGUUAAGCGUCGCGUCGAUUAACAACUGGAAAAGCAGAGAAAGUGACUUUGGGACACGCACCUUUCGGAAAAUGCACCAUCUCGGAGCCGCAGAAGGUUGUUCUCGAGGGAUAACGAGAAACGAGGAAACCGUUCAGUCGCACAACGGGGCCUUGCAUCGUGUGCAGCUCUCGGGGCAUGCGGAAGGCAGAGCACAGCCGUCGGGCGACAGUGAUUGAGAGGAUCCGGUCGACUCGUAGGAAAAUCGACUCGCAGAUGUUAAAAUGUCGCAACCAGAAUUGAUUAGCGACCUGGACGUGCCAGAAAAUCCACAGCAUCCCUGUCAGUGUUCUACGAUUAACAAUAGAGAUUCUAUAAGAACACCGAGGGAAAGAAAUAUGAAUAACACCAGGAUCUCGAACAAUCAAGAUCUCCCGCGAAAUCUGGAGACCUUGCAGAGCGUAUUUGAGCCGAUACGAAGAUUGGACAGUCCCCAUCAGGAUAAAUCGCAGAUCAGUCUGGACAAUACUAGAAACGUCGAUCUUCUGGAACAUCAAGCGAAUAUAUCGUCUAAUUCUAGAUCCAUGAAUAAUCAAAAUUCAUUAUUAUCUCUUCACGGGCAUAAUCUUUCGUGCAGUCCGCGUAACUUGGACUUGUCUCGCAAUUUGGCUUUCGAGGCGGCCCGAAGGGUUCAGGAAACCUCGAGUCUACAGGACAAUCAGCACAAUCACAGUUUGACCUCGAGUCCCAGUCCUCUGCUGGAAACAGGGCCGAAUUUGCUCGAUACGACCAGCAAAGAAUUAGAUAAGCAACUGGAAGAUCACGCCGGCUUGUCGCCGCAGAAGCAGAACUCCAGCAAGGAGAAGCUGAAGAAUGUACAGCAGGUGUUGAAUCCUUACCAGCAUCAUCAUGAAGCGGAACGUGGGGUUCAUGGACAUUUUCAUGGCGACAUACAUAGCCACAUUUACAAGCACGACAAUUACAGGAAUAAUACAAAUCUGGACGAGGGCUUGAUAGGCUUUCAGCAACAGCACCAGCGACAGCACACGCAUUAUCAUCACAGCAACGCAAAGACGAACGUUACUCAUCAUCACGGAUCCGGGGUACAUCACACACACACGCAAGGACAUCAUCAUGGAAGUCUGACAACUAGUCUCACUGGCCAUGUCCAUGGAAAUUCUGGUUCUCUGAACGGAUCUGGUUCCGGUUCCCUGAAUCAAACCAGCUCGGCCACCUCCAUCGGACACCAUCAUCCAACGGCGAUGCCUAUCGCGGCCACGAUAAACCACCUGAACUCCCCCCAUAGUCAUCAUCGGCUCAACGCCGGCUCCAGCUUGGCUCACCAUUCGAAUCCUGCCUUUCCCGGCGAUCAUCAUGGCGCUUCGGGUGCUCUGAGCGGCGCGUCGUCGAAUUCGAGCAUGAUGAACCACGGUGGAUCGCCCGCGGUGCACCGCCACGUGGUCAACGUCAACGGCAGCUUGUCGACGACACCCUUGGGUGGUCACCAUCACGGCAGCUCGUCGGGUAGUUUAACCGGUCAUUCCAGCGUGAACCAUCAUCACGUCAGCUCCGGCAUAUCGUGCGAGUCCUCGUCGUCGAACGCUAAUACCAGAACGCACAGCAGGUUGGAUCACGUCCACGAUCAUCAUCAUCAUCUGCAAUCGGUGCACCCGUUGCACGCGAGUCAUCCCGAUACCAGGCCGAGAGAUCGGGCGCCCUCGAGCUUGGAUCAUCAUGGACAUCUCCACGGACACGUGCACAAUCACGGCCACCCGCACGGGCAGAGCGACACUAAAAACGCGUCUCUUAUGGGCAUCGACGCCAUUCAGGUUUCGGCACCAACGAAGAACAAAUGUCAAUGUCACGUGAUACAGUCCGGAGGAAACAACGGAGGAACCGAGGGCGAGAGUGACGAAGGUGUCGAAGUGGCAUCAAGAACGCAUCAACCCCCUGCUCUUCCGCCACGUCCGCCACCGAGACCAACAAGACGUUACGAGACGACUACCACCAAUCAAUGUCACACUGGCGAAGGUGGCUGCUGCAAGAAGUACGUUGUCCUUUGCUACCUCUGCGGUGGAUUGAGCGCGGCAGUCGGCAGUCUUUUUUUGGCGGUGCACGCAAUCCUUUCGGCCCACACGGACAGUCUAGCGCUCUUCGAGACCGUGCCGUCUUACAUUCCCGGCAUUAUGUUGAUCCUGAUGGGCUUCUUCACAAUGCUGCUGGCUAGACGAAAGCACAGAUACGGUCUUUUGAUGAAAGUCUGCGGUUCCGUGGGAGUGGUGUGCGCGCUGGUAUGCGUGCUCGUCACCGUCACGACUACGGUAAUUCACAUGUCCCGAUUGCAGAAUCUUCGCGAGUGCGUUUAUACCGCGCGCGCGAGAUCGUGCACGUGUUACGGCGCACCGCAGUCGAAGGGGGAUCCCGGUGUGCUGUUUGAGGGGACGCCUCAUUGCGAAGCGGUGCAUGGCGCAUUGUCAGAUUGCCUGAGGGCUCUUUUCGGCGUCUCCGUGGCCGGUAUACUGGCCUGCAUAUUCUCGUGCAUGCUAGUGUAUCAAUUGUUGAGCCACGAGAAGAAGAAGAUGUACUGGGAACAGUUGGAGCUGAGAUGCAGAUCGUUGUACGGCCAGGGUGGCACCGUGGGACCGCCGGCUGGGUCCUGCGGAUGCUGCAACGAUUGCGGUGGUGCGAACCCGUGGUGGGCCCAGACACCUGGGAAUCUGUACACGCCGAAUCCCGAUAUGGCGCCAUCCAGGAGGUGGCGAUUACCUUGGUCGAGAUCGAGAGGUCCAGCACCGAGCCCAGAUUCGAAUUAUGGCUUUCAUACGCAAACACGACCAACGGAAACCAACGUGGAGAGCGGAACCGGUCCUUAUAGUGUCUUUAACUCGCAAUCGAGUGGUCCGUACUCCGUUUUAAAUGCUCCGAAUGCUCCGUACACUCCGAGCACCGCGUCUUACAGCGUUCUGGAAACUCCAGUGCCAUUGUGGGGACCGCCACCUCCGUACAGCGAUCCUAACAGUCCCGCCAGACGACCGCAAAUGACCGAAUCGAGAGCCAGAAUUGCUAAGAGGAUGGAUAACUUCGAAAAUAACGAAGACCAUAGACCGAGACCCACAAAGCGUCCUUCCGAUAAUUACGAAAACGCCGAAGAGAUCUCUAAUAGCACAGACCCUGAGGGCGGGAACGAGGAAACCAUCAAAGGUAGAAGAAUUAGAAAGCCCUUGAAGGGCGUUGAAAAUGGGGCAUUUCAGCAAGAAUCGAAUCCCGGUCCGAAACAAUCUGAGAGUGAACUAUAUUUCGGUGACGUGUCCUCGUGCUGCGGACCCGAGAGUAGUUUUUAUGAUUUAGCUGUGGAAAAAGAAGGUGCAGAACAUUCGGAAGGCGUGGACUAUCUGGGGUCUAGGCUGAGCAAGCGUCAACUAUCGAAGAGAUCUCGAAUGCCUCUUCCUUUGCCUGCAGACAAUGGCGACAUUCCCUGUGACAAUUACGCGAACAGCGACGAACCGAGAAGCGCGAGAGGUCCCUUCCUCGCUCCCGACGCGCAAUACGAGGUGAUUCAACAAGGCCGCUACUCCUAUUAUGGGACGAAAAAUGACGAGGAGCUGCAAGAGGGCCCGCCGAGUUCCAGUUACUUCCGGGAGGACGAGAACGACAGGGGGCGUGAAAGGGAUUAUAGGGAUUACAGAAACAGCCAGGAGGAGGAAACGCCACAGUGUUGCUUGAGCGACUCGACGACCCUGGACUCUGGUUGGCAGAGCGGGGAGCAACAGCAAUCCGACGAUAACGUUCGGCCAGUGAACGUGUGAUCUUAGACCCGUAAGAUUUUUUUAGCGAAAACGACAAAGGUGACAAGUGACCAUUGAUUUCCUGCCGGAAAGUGUUAUACGAAAACAAUGAAGUAGGAAAUGCGCGACAAUAGCUUCUGAUCUGUGAAUAAUUUAGAUCGUAUGAUAGCUCUUGUUCUUAAGUAGGCAAAGCGAAUGAAAUUGGGAUCCAAUCCUUUGAACUUAAUUGACGGAAUAGAGAAGUUAAGUGGCGGUAAUGCUCGAGUUUGGCAUAUAGGUAUGAUCCUAGUCGGAUGAUAAUAGAUUCGCUUUUAAAAAGCGUAGCUAAACUUAAUUAAAGUUAAUGCACCAAGUUUAAAUAACGUAAUGUGAAAGACUGGAAUAAUGUGCGUGUCAGUUUAUAUCGAUUUUUCUUCUCUAAACUUCUCUAGCUAAACAAGCAGAGUUGCUAUGAAAAAGCUGAUUUAAAAACACAUUUCGCACCUUUGAUUAAAUUAAGCAGUGAUGAGUGUGACGCACGACACAAAUAUCUUUUUCAUACAUAUAGUUAUUUAAUAGUUAUUAACUUUAUCUUCAAUAUACUAAAUGAAUAUCACGCGUGUUACAAUAUUCUCUCAUCCCUUCAUAUUAAAAUCAAUACUUUUAUUUCGACGUUGUUUACAUACGUGAAGUGAUUGACGACGAACUGUAUCGAUGCCAUAAAAAGCACUACGCUAAUGAAACCCAGACGGACUUUAGUGAUAAUAUGUAGUGAUAAAAAUAAUUACAUUAAACACAAGUGCUAAUCUCGAUUUCGAUGAGAAUGAACUGCCAUUAAUUCCUCUCGUAAGAAGCUUGCCAGUUAAAACAAAAUAUAUAUACAAACUAUAUACGUGUAAAUUUUCUUUUUUAAUUGAAGAAUAAACAUGAUAUAAAUAGAAUGCGGUCAAGUGAUAAUUUAUGCUAAUCCUCGAUAUCAAACGAUGUGAAUAAUUAAAACUCGUGCAGAAAAGGCAUAAAAUUUCAUCGUGGUUCAGAUGUGCAUCAAUGACCGUAGUGCAUGAAGCGAAGUGUUAAAGCAACUUGAUCGUUCAUAUUAGAACAUGAUCAACUGUUAAAUAAAAAUGUUAAUCGCGUACGAAAUAUUUGCAGCAAAUUCUGUGUAUUUUUGCUAAUUGCAAUGUUGUUCGUGCUGCUCGCAGUAAUAAAUAAUAGUGAGUGUUAAGUAUAACCGAGAAAUUAUUUGCGACAAGAGAACGGACGAAGGCAAGUGAGAGAAAACGAUAUGGGAGAAUGUUAGUUUUAUGGUUGGGGGAUCGUUUGUGGAAAAUAUAUGUCCGCCAACAAAUGGAUGUAUGAUUGAUUUACUAAGAAGGCGUUUGCUUUAUUAGACAUUCGUUUAUUAUUUCGUACUAUUUAUUGCAUUUGUCUAGUAAUACGCUAUAAGUAUUUUUACCUGAUGUUUUGCUGAAUUUUUAUGUUCCAUUGCGUAUUGGAAUUAAAAUCGUCGAUCAAUCGAAAAAUUGUUCUUUGUUGGAUAGAUGGAUACCAUGUACAAAAGUGUGCUUUACUCUUGCCAAUUAGAUGUUAGCUGUAAUUCUCAAAUGAUCGUUGGCUAUCUCCAAGAUAUCAACGAUCAAACGAUAUAAUCGUUCGUAAUUAUAAGAAAUAUAUUUAUAAUGA